AUGAAUCGAGCUCUUCUUCUUCAUUCGACAGUCAAAGAAGCGAACGAUUAUGGCAAAUUGGAAACAGGAAAUCGAUGUCGAGUUCGUCAAGCACCAACAUCAGAAUGUGCUAUUGUGGAGAUAGUGUUGGAAUGUGGACAUCAUGGACUCGAAAGAAUGCAGGAUGAAGAGAAGGACUGUGGGUAUUUUCGUUGGAUUGACCCACCAAUAUUGAAUAAGUGGUAUAAAGAAAGAAUGUAUGAAUUAGGAGUUGUUGCUAAUGGGGGUGUAGUUAUUCCUUUCAAUAACCCUGUUAAUGAAGGUGAAAUACCUGUUGAUGGCCCUAUUGCCCCUGUGAAUGUUGAUGUCCCUAUUGCCCCUGUGAAUGCUCUUGAACCUGAUAAUCAAAUUGCAAUGCGUGAGAAUACACAUGUGCCUGGUAAUGAAUUUGGAUUCUGCAGGUGGAUGAUGGUUUGUUUCGUUUGUUUCAUUGUAGGGAUGAUGUAUGGUUAG